AAAAUAUAUUUAUUCGAAACCGAAAACUACGGAAUUUUCUAUUUUUGGCGAUUUAAUAAAAUUGAAGUUAAUUAGAAGAUUGAGUCGAUAUUUACUGUGACUGCAAACAAUAGAUAACUGUAAUAAUCCUUUCGGUGAAAUCCAAAUCUGAGAUUAAAGCACCCACACUUGGUAUAACACCAAACUCGCAAAAAAUGGGAAUGUCUGAGAGCCUUUUAAAUGAUGCCCAAACCGUUCUUUUAGCAGAAAUAUACAAAGAGUAUACUGGUCUUUGGGAUGAAACAGAUAUUACAUACAGAUUCAGUAACAGGCGACGAGAAGCCUUGAAGGCUGUUCACGAAAAUUUUAAAAACAAAUCGGGAUUAAGUCUAACAGAAUAUGAUAUUGGAUGUGAAAUUGCACGGCUUCGAAAAAUAUGCUCACACGAAAAGAGAUUAAAAAUUUUAUGCAAACAGCAAAAUAAAAAACAUAAGCCGAGUUGCACAUUUUAUGAACAUAUUUCAUACCUCGAAGUCGAUGUUACUCCCUAUGAAUGUUCAAUAUGUGAAAAAAUUAUUUCGGGUGUAUGUCAAUAUAAAAUACACUUGGCGUCACAUGAUGGUUCGCUUCCAUUUAAGUGCCAUGUCUGUGGUCAUGGUUUUAAAUUGUCCACAAAUUUGGCGGUACAUUUACGGAGACAUGUACAGGACUACCUAUACAAGUGUGAGAUAUGCAGCAAGCCGUGCGCAACGACCACAGAAAUAAAAAUUCAUAUGCGUUCUCAUACCGGCGAGAAGCCAUUCGUUUGCGAAAUUUGCGGUAAAAGCUUUCGUACUUCAUCAAGGAUUAAUACACAUAAGCGACGGCAUGAGAAUAGACCAACCCACAGGUGUGAAAUAUGCAAUAAGGGUUUCUUCAGUAAAUCCUUUUAUAGGGAACACAUGAAUGUGCACCAAAAUGUGCGUGAUAAAAUAUGCAACAUAUGCAAUAAAGGUUUUACAAGUGCUAAACAUCUAAGGCAGCACAAACAGAUCCAUGCUGCAGAAAAGAAGUAUGUUUGCAAGAUCUGUGAUAAACGAUUUGCUCAAAAUGCUGGGCUGAAUGGUCACAUGAAAUCACAUGGUAUAAUACAAGUUGCAGCAAAUUCGGAAGGAGUUGAAAAUGUGCUUUAAAAUAAAAUACAAAAAUUGUGUUUAAUUAUUAAUAUAAUUAAUAAAAUUUAACAACAUAUAUUGUUUAUUAUGACUUAACUAGCAGACCCGACCACUCGUUUUUGUGGCUAAGGUAUACAUUAAAUUUGUAAAUUUUUCAAUAUAGUGAAAAAAAUCUUACGCAACAUUAUAUCCGGUAAAUUUUAAAAUUAUUGAUAUACAGAGGUAGUCAAAAUUAUUUACACAUCGAACGUUUUUUUUUACAAAUU